AUGACAUCCAGUUCCAGCGGACCAGGUAUUCGCCCGGUGACGGCGCUGCCUCCCGGAGAGGUCCCCGAGGUGGUCAUCUCGCGGUUGCCUCAAUAUGUGCGCAUCCUGUCGCAGUUGUUGGACGCGGGCGAAGAGGUCACCAACUCCCAGCAGUUGGGAGAACAGUUGCAGGUGACGCCGGCGCAGAUCCGCAAGGAUCUUUCGUAUUUCGGCAGGUUCGGAAAACAGGGCCGAGGUUACGUGGUGCGGGAUCUUUUGCGGGAGCUGAAGCAGAUCCUGGGUCUGAACUCGGAGUGGAAUGUUGCGGUGGUAGGAGUCGGCCGGUUGGGGAACGCGAUCCUGAACUACCCGGGCUUCAACCCCGACGGGUUUCACCUGGUGGCGGCGUUCGACAACAACCUGGCCAACGUGGGACGCGAAGUCGGCGGGGUUUCGGUCCAGCCGAUGGCCGAGAUGGCGCAGACGGUGGCCGACCGCAGCAUCAGCAUCGCCAUCGUGGCCGUACCCAGCGCCCACACCCAGACGGUGAUCGACCAAUUGGUGGCGUGCGGGAUACGGGCGAUAUUGAACUACGCCCCGAUCAACGCACAGGUGCCGGACGGGAUCCGGGUACGCAGCAUCGACCCGGUGCUGGCGCUGCAGUCGAUGACCUACUACCUCACCGAGGAUGGCCCGUCGAUCAACGGAUCCACGGCAGCGCGGUGA